AUGCUGCCCCGCAGCAGCAGCAGCAGCAGCAGCAGCAGCAAGACAGAAGCCUUUAUAAACACUCUGUGGCGCCGUUUUCGCGGGCUCUAUCCUGAGCAGCAGCAGCAGCAGCAGCAGGAGGAGCAGCAGCAGUUGCUGCAGCAGCUGCAUCAGCUGCAGCAGGAGCAGCAGCAGCAGCAGCAGCAACUGUCUUCAGAUACGUUUGCUGCUCUGUUUGCUGCUGAGCUUCUUCUCGUUCCUGCUGCUGAUGGCAGCAGCAGAAUACCCAUCACCCUCAUCCUACCGAAACGACUCGCGGGCUGCUUCAAGCAGCAGCAGCAGCAGCAGCUGCUGCAGCAGCAGCAGCAGCAGCAGCAGAUGGUGGGGGGGAUGCAGAGCAACGGCAGCAAGAUAGACUGCUCUAUUGCCUCCGGUUUUUUAUCAUGCAGCAGCAGCAGCAGCAGCAGCAACUACAAUAGCAGCAGCAGCAGCAGCAGCAGCAACUACAAUAGCAGCAGCAACAGCAGCAGCAGGAGCGACAGCAGCAGCAGCAGCAGCAGCAAUAUGUUAUAUAUUCCUGCGAGUUCUCCUUUGCUGCUGCAGUCUCCGUGGUCCAUUGGUGCAGCAGCAGCAGGUGGUAUUCGUUUGCUGCUGCAUGCAUAUGGGGCUUAUAAGGAGCCUCUUGCUGCAGCAUUUGACGCUGCUGCUGCUCUGCUGCUGCAGCAGGGUUGGGGGUUAGGGUUUAUACAUGCACGGGGGGGUGGCGACGCAGAAGGAGAAGAAGCAGCAGCAGGCAGGAGCAGCAAGAAGCAGCAGACAGCAGCAGAUGUUGCUGCUGCUGCUGCUGCACUGCAUGCACUAGGAUUCAGUAACCCACAUAAUACUGCUCUUGCUGCUGCUUCAGCUGGGGCUGUUGCUGCUGCUGCUGCUGCGCUGCUGCUAGCAACCACACCCACUGCACGCACAUUCACCCCCAAACACCAGCAGCAGCAGCAGCAGCAGCAGCAGCAGCAGCGGCAGCAGCAACAGCUGCUGCAGGAGGAACAGGAGCCACAGCAGAAGCAGCAGAACCAUCAGCAUUAUCAUGAUGAGCAGCAGCAGCACCACCACCACCACCACCAACAGCAGCACGACCAACAGCAACAGCAGCAGCAGCAGCAGCAGCAACAGCAGCAGCAGCAGCAGCAGCAGCAGCAGCAGGGUUUAUUUCGUUGCUUGCUGCUAGACCGCCCCUUUGUUGAUGUCUUUGCUGCUAUGGCAGACCCCCUGCUGCCUCUAACACAGCUGGAGACAGAUGAGUGGGGCUGCAUGCACGCAGACAGCAGCAGCAGCAGCAGCAGCAGCAGCAGCAGCAGCAGCAACAGCAGCAGCAGCAUGACAGCAGCAGCAGCAGCAGCAGCAGCAGCAGAGGGGUGUAAACAAGAAGAAGAUCCUUGGGCUAGACUACCGAAACGACUCGCGGGCUGCUUCAAGCAGCAGCAGCAGCAGCAGCAGCUGCAGCAGCAGCAGCUGCAGCAGCAGCAGCAGCAGCAGCAGAUGGUGGGGGGAAUGCAGAGCAACGGCAGCAAGAUAGACUGCUCUAUUGCCUCUGAUUUUUUAUCAUGCAGCAGCAGCAGCAGCAUAAGCAGCAGCAGCAGCAGCAGCAACUACAAUAGCAGCAACAGCAGCAGCAGCAGCAGCGACAGCAGCAGCAGCAGGAGCAGCAGCAAUAUGUUAUAUAUUCCUGCGAGUUCUCCUUUGCUGCUGCAGUCUCCGUGGUCCAUUGGUGCAGCAGCAGCAGGUGGUAUUCGUUUGCUGCUGCAUGCAUAUGGGGCUUAUAAGGAGCCUCUUGCUGCAGCAUUUGACGCUGCUGCUGCUCUGCUGCUGCAGCAGGGUUGGGGUUUAGGGUUUAUACAUGCACGGGGGGGUGGCGACGCAGAAGGAGAAGAGGCAGCAGCAGGCAGGAGCAGCAAGAAGCAGCAGACAGCAGCAGAUGUUGCUGCUGCUGCUGCUGCACUGCAUGCACUAGGAUUCAGUAAUCCACAUAAUACUGCUCUUGCUGCUGCCUCAGCAGGGGCUGUUGCUGCUGCUGCUGCUGCGCUGCUGCUAGCAACCACACCCACUGCACGCAUGUUCACCCCCAAACACCAGCAGCAGCAGCAGCAGCAGCAGCAGCAGCAGGCGCAGCAGCAGCAGCAGGAGGAACAGGAGCCACAGCAGCAGCAGAACCAUCUGCAUUAUCAUGAUGAGCAGCAGCAACAGCAGCACCACCACCACCAACAGCAGCACGACCAACAGCAACAGCAACAGCAGCAGCAGCAACAGCAGCAGCAGCAGCAGCAGCAGCAGCAGCAGGGUUUAUUUCGUUGCUUGCUGCUAGACCGCCCCUUUGUUGAUGUCUUUGCUGCUAUGGCAGACCCCCUGCUGCCUCUAACACAGCUGGAGACAGAUGAGUGGGGCUGCAUGCAUGCAGACAGCAGCAGCAGCAGCAGCAGCAGCAGCAGCAGCAGCAUGACAGCAGCAGCAGCAGCAGCAGCAGCAGCAGAGGGGUGUACACAAGAAGAAGAUCCUUGGGCUGUAUGGACAGCUCUAGCUGAGGCGGAAGCUGCUGCUGCUUGCUGCAGCAUAUCUGCUUAUUGCUGCUACGAGCAGCUGCUGCUGCUGCAGCAGCUGCAGCAGCAACAGCAGCAGCAGCAGCAGCAGCAGCAGCAGCAGAUAGAAACAUAUCUCCCUUCUCCUCUUCCUGCUGCUACGAGCAGCUGCUGCUGCUGCAGCAGCUGCAGCAGCAACAGCAACAGCAGCAGCAGCAGCAGCAGCAGCAGCAGCAGAUAG